GUCACCAACAGGGGGCGCUGUGGAUGUCAUAAAUAUUUUCGGUUUUGUUCACCGUUGUCACGUCUCGCGCCGGAGAACAAGGAUUAAAAGAGCAGCGGAAUUAUCUUCAAGUCACUUGCAGUAAAUGAUCAUCUAAUACGUAAAAGAUGGCUUACGAAACUAGGAAUGUAGUACUAGAUUGGCUGAUAGCUCUCGCCUUAGAUUACCGGUUUCAGAUGAUUAGCAUCCCUUUGUUUUUAAUCCAUUGGUCAUGGAGGUUACCUAAGCCGAAAAAGGGAGCAGGAAACAAAUCAGUUGUUGUUACAGGUUGUGAUUCUGGCAUGGGUCACCGCUUGGCCAAGAGAUUUGACGAACUGGGAAUGCACGUGUUUGCAGGCUGUCUAAAUCCAUCAGGACAAGGAGCGCGCAGUUUGAAAGAAUGCUGCUCCUCUCGUCUUCAUAUCCUGCCGAUGGACAUCACAAACGAUGACCAAGUCAAAGAAGCUGUAGCCUACGUUAAAGCUAACAUACCGCACGGAGAAAAAGGCUUGUAUUGCUUGAUCAACAAUGCUGGAGUGCUCUCUUACACAGCGUUUGACUUAAUGACGCAAGAAAUGUGCGAAGAAGUAGUAGGAGUUAAUCUUCUGGGGACAAUAAGAGUUACCAAAUAUUUUCUACCUCUCAUCGCUGCAGCUUCAGGUCGUAUAGUGACGAUCACCAGCAUCUUAGCUCGACUGCCUUGUCCUCGCGUAGCUGUGUAUGCUGCCACGAAACAUGCCUUAAACGGUUUCUUUUCUUCUCUCAGAUAUGAGUUGGCUGAUAUCGGGGUACAUGUUGCCACUGUUGAACCUGGCGAUUUUUCCACAACCACAGAUAUCAUGCAGUGGACGCAGAGUCGUAUAGAAGACAUGUGGCAACAACUGUCUCCAGAGGAGAAAAAAGCAAAACGCCAUCUCUAUGAGCAGACAAAGAAGAAAAUUCAGAAGACAAAAUGUAGUCCUGAACAGCAGGAAAAGAAUUAUAAAGUAUUCCUAGAAGAUAUAGAGGACGCUAUGCUGGCCGAAGAACCUUGCUGGAGAUACGUCAGUGCCCCUGCUAUGGCGCGAUUAAGUCUAUGGUUCUUUAGAAUGUUGCCGGAGCAAUUUACUUAUAAAUUUAUGGCCAAGGCAGUGCAAUGAAACAUUUAAUAAACGACUUCGAAAAGAUUAGUGAAGAAACUGUAUUGUAGUUGGAUGGUGGAAAAUGACUGCAAUCGCUAAAAGAAAUGAACUUUAGCGAUUGCAGUCAUUUGAGUAUGUCAUUUGAGUAUCAGAGUAUGUAACAAAUUUAUGAUUGCUUUUUAUCACAAUAUUUUAUUUUUAUAAAGUACUAUUUGUAAGCUCAUACGUGUGAAGCUUAUCUAUACAUAAGGCUUAUUUUUAAUGACCUUAUUUAUUAUCUUUGCAUUCACAGGACUCAUUUAUAUUAAUCAAAAGUAUUCUUGUAUUGUGAAUGAUAUUAAUUCUCUUUUUGUCUCAGUUGCGAACUAUUAUAUAUAAUGUUACUGCAAUGACCAUUUAAUUUUAUGGUAUAUUUUUCAUUUUCAUCAAAGCAAGCUUACUUUUCCAUCUUAUGUUUAGAAGGCACUCGAUUCUCAAGGAAAACAGCGCUAAAAAUGUGUAUGCGUUGUCUGAGGCCCUAAGAUAUGAAUAAAGCUAUUUUACAUGGAUAACAUAUGGCUUAAAUCAAUAUUUAAAAAAACGUAAAAUGCAUUUUAGUAAGUGCUGAAGUAUAUAAGUUAAUAUUUUUCGAGAAAACUUGAAGACUUACUACUUGCGCUUUGAUUUCUCCUGUAAUAAUAUAACUAUCACUUUUUUUUACCUUGCCUGAUGCUGUUGCUUUUGUUUUACGAUUUAAUAAAAAAUAUAUUAUUAAAACA